AUGAGCGGUAACGAUAUAAAGGAGGCGGAGGCGCUCAUGCAUAGUGCCAAAAAACACACGGAAAAGGGUCUCUUCAAAUGGAAAGCCAACUGGGAUGAGGCAGCCAAUGACUAUGAAAAGGCUGCGAAGAUAUUCACUUACAUUAAAAACAUUGAAAAAGCACGUGAUGCAUGGCUAAAAGCGUCAGAUGCACAUGAACGUGCAGGAAAUCAAUUCUUUGCAGCACGUGCCAUGGAAUGUUUAGCCGCAUUUUUAGCUGAGCAAGCGAUAUCUAACGCUGGAAAGGGUGGAAACAUUAAUAAAAAUAACAGUAUUUCACUUUUAAAUGAAGCCAUUGGAACUUAUGAUAAAGCCUGCCAUUUGUAUGUUCAAGAAAAUAAAUUUGAUAAAGGGGCGGAUGUAAUCACUAAAGCGGCACAACUUAUUAACCCAACCACAGCGAGCGCACGUUCUUCUGAGAACUUAUUGGGUUUUUCAGAAGAACAAAAACGACAGAAUUUAAAGCGAGUUACGGACUUGUUUUGUUUUGCCGUCAAUACGUUAGAGGAACAUGAAGAGGAGCAGAAAGUAUAUGCUGUACGACUACCUGAUAUUUAUAGUACAUGGAUGUUAACCUAUUUACGCAGUGGUGAUAUACCAAAUGCUGUGAAGGUGCUUAAAAGAGAACUUGGAUUUGAAUCGUCUGUAAGUAAGAAAGGUGUCUUUGAGCGUCUUGGGCAACCGCACAAUUCAGCCAAGUUAGUGCUUGAAGUGAUUGUGUUGUGUCUAUCAUGUGGAGAUAUUGUCUGGGCACAGCAGGAGAUGGGAGUUCUGCGGAAUGUACCGGGUUUUGCGGGAUCGCGUGAAGAAGUAACAGUCGCAGCACUGCUGGAUAGUUUUAGAGAACGAGAUGUGGAAAGUCUGAAGGAUGCAUUGAAAGAUCAGACAUUGCAGUUUAUAUCCGCUGAGGUUUCAAAACUGGCAAAGAAACUAAAGAUUCAAAGUACAGAGGCCAGUGGAGCUCCACACCCAAAUCCACACAAUCAACAACAACAGGAACAACAACAACAACAACAGGAACCUGAAAUAGACCCAGAGGAAGACAUACGGUAA